AUGCCUGUCCACGAGAUUACAUUUUGGACUGACUCCUCUAUCGCGCUUUCGUGGAUUAAUACAUCCCCGCAUCAGCUCAAAACCUUUGUCGCCAAUCGAGUUUCCGAUAUUCAAAAGAAAACGAACGGUCACAAUUGGAAACACGUCAAAUCAUCAGACAAUCCAGCUGAUAGUUUGUCACGUGGUCAAAAACCCGCAGAAUUUAUAAUGAAUAAAAUUUGUAAAGAAGGUCCUCACUGGCUAAAACAAACGGAAAACACUUGGCCAGUAUCCGCGUUUGAAAUAAUAAAAGAUUCAUCUGCAAUAAAAAAGACCGUUCUUUCGUCAAUCGCGUUAGACACUGAAAUUUUAAAAAAAUUCUCAUCUUACUCGAAUAUGAAAAGAAUUAUUGCGUAUUGUUUGCGGUUUAAAGUCACUAAUCAUUACAAAGGUCCAUUGCUCGUCACUGAAUUAAAAAACGCCGAAAAAACUAUAUUAAAAUUAAUGCAAAGAGAAGCGUUUAACGAUGAGAUCAACAGUCUCAAACAACAAAAAGAAAUCAACAAAAAGAGUAAAAUUCUAGCUUUAAACCCUUUUCUCGAUCAAGAAGGAAUAUUACGUGUAGGAGGGCGUCUGAAAAAUGCCAUAAUACCGUUUUCCGAGCAACAUCCUAUUUUGCUCCCAAAAUCGCAUCAUAUUACUAAUAUAAUCAUUUGCGAAGAACACCUUCGUAGUUUGCAUGCAGGCAUAUUAACAACCUUGUAUGCCUUGCGUCAACGGUUUUGGAUUCUUGAUGGUCGCAAUCAAGUGCGGAAAAUUGUACGACAAUGCAUACAAUGCUUUAGACUCAAUCCUACCAACACAGAAUACAUUAUGGGUGAUCUUCCCAAAAUCAGAAUCAAUCAAUCCCGUCCUUUCUCUCAUGUAGGAAUAGAUUAUUGUGGUCCCUUCUACAUAAAAGAAAAAAAAUAUCGUAAUCGAACGCAAAUUAAAAUAUACGCAGCAGUUUUUAUAUGUCUUGUGGUAAAAGCUGUGCAUUUAGAGGUUGUCAGUGACAUGAGCACUGAAACCUUCCUGGGUGCAUUAAGAAGAUUCAUAGGGCGUCGCGGAAAACCUAUUAUUAUUAGUUCAGACAAUGGGUCGAAUUUUAUAGGGGCUAACAAUGAGUUAAAAGAUCUCGGUAAUCUUCUUCAUUCUAAGGAAUUCAAUGAAAAAACAACCUUGUUUCUCACUAAUCAAGGAAUCAAAUGGAAAUUUAUACCCCCAUUAUCUCCUCACUUCGGGGGAAUUUGGGAAUCAAUGGUUAAAAGUUUUAAACAUCAUUUAAAACGGGUCGUAAAAAAUGUUUUGUUCACAUUUGAAGAAAUAAAUACGUUCAUUAUCGAAAUUGAAGCGGUAUUGAAUUCUCGCCCGCUUACUCCGAUCUCACACGAUCCCAAUGACCUUAUCGUCCUUACCCCUGGUCACUUCCUAAUUGGCGAUUCGCUAACAAGCUUACCCGAAUUAGAUUUUACACUUACACCAACACCACGAUUAACGAGAUGGCAACACCUUCAAAAGAUGCGUCAAGACUUUUGGAGUAGAUGGCACAAAGAGUAUUUAAACGGACUCAACAUACGUCACAAAUGGAAAGGUGGCAACCAUCACAUUUAA